CUGUAUUGAAUACAAGAGAAACACAUUUGAAACCCAAAAGAGUAUACAUUUAACCGACACUUCAUUUCACACAACAAUUGAAUUGAAUUUGUAUUUGAAUUAAACGACAAUUCAUUGCAUUUAAUACAAUGGCAGCGAAUGUGAACCAAACCAUCGAUGAUAUGAUCGGCGAAUUGAAUGCCAUUAAAGAGAGUGCAAUCGGUUCCCAACCCAAUGAUGUCAACCGCAUCGGCGGUGAUCUCAUCGACACGAGUAGUCAAAUGAGUGUCCAAUCCAUUGAUGGACACAAAAUUGUGAUCAAUUUCAACUUAAACAAAAACAAUGAAUUAAACGAGUCUUCAGUUUGUGAUAACAAUGACGAAAACCAAGAACCGGACGGAAGCGGUUCGGGCGGCGAUCACCGGAACGAAUCGGGUAGCGGUUCCGGUGGUUCGGCCGCCACCGCCGCCCCUCCCGGCAGUCAUAGCAAUGGUGCCAAUAAUCUCCCGAAGAGUAAUAGUGAUAGCGCUGGCGAUGACUCUCAACACCCGUCCAACCAAUCAUUGAAGAGUCGACUCUCGCGGAGGACUAUAUCUGAGUCGUCGUCUAAUGAGGUGACACACAGAGGAAUACUGAAAUACACGCACAAUUGGAUCCGUCGAACUGUGUCUGAGUCGAGCUGUGAUGCGUUUCCCAACUUUGAUGUCUUUGAUAUAAUGUCGGACAUCCAGUCUUCGUGUCAGUCUCUGGACGACAUGUAUAGCGACGACGAUAUCAUGGGCUCUGCCGGUGAUAUGGCGAAGACCACGAAGAAUGUGCGCUUUUCGGACAACAUCUCGAAGACUGUGUUUCGGCCGACGUCUAGUAUUUUGGGCCGAAAGUCGAAAAACCAGAAACGGGCCAAAAAUCGCAAGAAUUCACACCGAAAGGACAGCCAGUCGUCCAACGAAUCGUCCACUAAAUUACAAAAGACCGACAAAUUAGAGACCGAACGGAGCCGUCAGGACAGCGGUUACGACAGCGAAGACAAUGUCGGUCACGGCGUCGGCGGCGAUGACCCCAAAGCCUUCGCAGCCAUUAAUGAAUACAAGAAUUGUAUUGAAAUCGAAACGGAAAUGGGACUCAAAAUAUUGGCCACAUUUCGGAGUAAAGGGCGCCGAAAGAGGCCAUCGCUGGGACGGGAGGACGAGAAGGAUGUUCUGUCGGGUAUAACACAAAUCGCUUACAAACAGCCAACCGAAGAGAUAUUGGGAACCGACGAAUUGGUGACCACUGGACACAAUUCCAGUGAUCAUGAAAUCCAAUCAAUUGCUGACAAAGAAGUGAUUGGAAUGUAUAAAAUAGACGAAGGAUUUAAAGAAUUCUUCGGCAAUACAUCCAAAACUAACGGAACAAACAAAACAAUUAGUGACGAAUCGUUUGCUAUGAUUGGCACCGAAGUGUCAGACCUAUUAGUGCAAAAGAGAGUGAGACCGCAGUCGAGACGUAAGACCACAACGAAUCCAAUCCAAAGCCUAAGCGCCAGAACUGACGUUACGGUCGAAGACAACAAUUAUAGAGAAAGUGAUGGUCAGAGAGACGACGGGUUGAGAGAAACCGAACCCAAGAAAGAAGUACUUUCUGACGAAAUGGUGAAUCAAAUGCCAAAUCCUGAGUUCAUUAAAGAGAUGGCUAAUAAACUGUCUGCAGUCCGACUCAUUCCCAAACACCCCAAAUGGCAGUAA